CAUGUACAGUUGAAACAUAUUAACCAACAAGCUGUAUUAUUAUUCCAAGUGUACGGACAUCCCUGUGAGGCACAAUGGAUUGUUUUGUAACUUUUACACAAGUUGCUGAGGAACCUUUAGGGUGUCGAAUGUGCUCGGUCCGGCUCUGUGUGCUCUCCUACCACUCUGAUUUGUUUGCACAUCUACAUGUUAAUGAAGAUGGUGUAAUGACACUGUGAUUUUCUUUCCAUUAAAGUAAGGCAGCCACAGGGAGGUCAUUAUGGUCUGUACAACCAGGGCGCCACAUGUUACCUCAACAGUGUCCUGCAAGUUCUCUUCAUGACACCAGAGAUCCAUGACAGGUUUGAAACCUUCAUCUGUAGAAAAUAGAAGCAGGAAGACUGUUAUGUCAAGUAUUAACCAGACACAGUGAUGCAGCUGAGUGUAUCAGGAGAUGGUGCUGUUUGGUGAGGAAGUAAGCUGUCCAAAGGAAAAUCACAUGUUCUGGUCUGUGAGUAACACUUUUAACAUUAUAAUAUUUAAACAGACAGUCAUCAGUAAACUCCCCUCUUCCUUAAGGCUGGAUCCAAAAUCACAGGUCACAGAUGAAGAGCUGAGAAACCUCUUUAAAAGACUGAAAGAAACUACAUCUGGAACAGAAAAUAUCACGAAGAGUUUGAAGAUUAAAAACGUUCGUCAGCAACGUGAUGCAGCUGAAUGCCUGGAGAUGAUUUUACAGAAAGUCAGCCCACAGGCCUCUGAGGUUUUCGAAGGACAGCUGAGAUACACAACAAAAUGUACCGAAGGCCACAGCAUCAUUGAAGAGACUAAUCCAUUCUGGACUCUUCCUCUGUCACUAAAAGAUACCCAUGAUGAUACAGCCUACAGUGUGGGAGAAGGCUUUGAAAGAAUUUUCCAGCUUAAGUCAUUCAGUGGAGACAACAUGGUGUACUGCAACAAAUGUGAAGAGAAAACAGAGGCGACCACUGGAUGUGAGAUGGUGACAUAUCCUCAGAUUCUGAUUCUUCUCCUCAAGAGGUUUGACUUUGACUACAGCACCAUGUCAUAUUUCAAAUCACACUGCUGUGUGGACGUGCCACGAACGUUACAGAGAAAGGACAAGGAGUACAAACUGUAUGGGAUGGUGCAUCACAUAGGCAGUCUGAGAGGAGGACAUUACACAGCCACCAUCCUGUGCAGUGAGGACAAAACCUGGUAUGAGUUUAAUGACGCUCACGUCAGCAAGGUUAGACGACAGCCAUUUGCAGAAACCUCAACUUACAAGUCCAAGACUGCAUAUCUGCUCAUGUACAGAGGUAACAUUAAAUCAAUACAUAAAGAAAUCACUUCAAGAAGUGGAGGAGAAAGGGACACUGAUAAUGCAAAGAAGAGAAAAACAGGACAGACUGAAGGGGAUGAUGUGCAGACGAAAAGACACGAGGCAUCAGGCCAUCAGGCUGGAGGAGAGGAGGAAUCAGAUGCUGCACCAAAGAGGGGACAAUGUUGCUCUAAAUUAAGAUCAUUUUUUAAGUGUUUAUGCUGUAUAAACUCAAGUGGGACAGAUGAUGCAGAUGAAAAGAAAAAAAAAUGUGUAAAAAAAAAAAAAAGAGCGAGAGGGACAGAUGAGAAAAGACUCAUUCCCAGGGUGAAGGAGAAGAGAGGAAGGCACAAUGUGAAAAGAAGUUAAACACUGAGGUUUGAUGUGAGACAGAGCUUAUUGAUGGUUUGAUCAACACAGAAGUGAAAAUGGGCAGCACAGUGGUGCAGUGGUUAGCAUAAAAAAAAUAUAUAUAUAUAUAUUCAAUCUUGUGUACAUACAUGUCGUAGCCAGCAGAGAGGUUGUGGUGACUUUUGAUGUGUUGUGAUAGUGAUCAGAGAAUGUUUUAUUUGUUUUAUAUGUUUGAUCCUGAUGAUGUUUUUUCCUUUUAAAGACACAUCAGCUCUGAUUUGAUGAAUUUAAAACAUGCACCAACUUUGUAAAAUUUUAAACAUGAAUCAUAUUUUGAUAACAAAGCUGUAUGUUGAACAUCUUCUUCUGUCAACCACAUUUAACCAGCGAAAUGUUGCAGCACUGAUCUAAAAGAAAAACAAGAUUUCUAGAUGCUUUGUAAAUGUGAAUAAAGACAAUACAAAUUUUUUA